GUGUUCGUGAGUUUUAAACAUUAGUGUUUUCCACUUAAAGUAUGGGCUUCAGUAACUAGGAUGCAUUAAGAACAAGAGAAGAACUGAAAUGUCCUUCCUUCAUUCCUGAGUUGUUUUUAUGGCAAUAGACAAUAUAUAGUCGUGCUAAUAAAAUGUGUGGCAAAGCAAAGGCAGAGCUCAGCUCUUGGAAGGUGGCAUACAUUGAAACUGGAAGAAAAUUUGGAGUAAUGAUUUCAGGUUGCCAGUAAUUGCAUUGCUUCCUUCUUUCUCAUUUGGCAUGGAAGAAAGUGUUCAUGAAAUGGAAAGACCGAAAUGAAAAUGUCACUGAAUAGUGUUUUGGCAUUUAUGAGGAAAGAAAGCAAUAUUAUUAUUGAGUGUCUCUUGUUUACCCUUGUGCAAGGUGCUGCUGCUUUUGUGAUCUCAUUUUAUCUUAUUUAUUUAUUUUUUUGAGACAGAGUCUCGCUUUGCUGCCCAGGCUGAAGUGCAGUGGCACAAUCUUGGCUCAUUGCAACCUCUGCCUCCCAGGUUCAAGCGAUUCUCCUGCCCCAGCCUCCCGAGUAGCUGGGACUAUGGGCACAUACCACCAUCCCUGGUUAAUUUUUGUAUUUUCAGUAGAGAGAGCGUUUUGCCAUGUUGUCCAGGCUGGUCUCAAACUCCUGACCUUAGGUGAUCUACCCACCUCAGCCUCCCAAAGUCCUGGGAUUACAGGUGUGAGCCACCCUGCUCAGCCUCAUUUUAUUUUUGUAUCAACCCUUUGGGGCAGGGUAGGCUAAAUAUGCUUAGGCAUAGGGUGUGAGCCUUUGUAUUAAAGGGCCUGCUAGAGCUUCAUCGGGAUGUGUAUGCAAAUCCUGUUAUGUGCUCAGGAAGGAGAACCAUGAGCAGGUAAGGUGAAUUUUUCCCUUGUGCUUUGGAGCGCUUCUGUACUUAGUGGGUAGAGUAAAAUGCCAUGUUCUAAAAAAUGGGGGUGGUGGAAAGAAUCAACAGUGUGGAAUGCCCUGGGCUGUAAGGAGAGCUGAGGAAAUGAACCAGCGAAUUCUGGGUGAGACUUCCACUUAGCAUCCCGGAUCGAUAGUCCCCGUGCUGAGGCCAAUUCAUGUAUGCCCCCAGCAAUGGCAUUGUACUGUGUAAACAGUACACUUCACAUAUUUGUGGUGUAGUUUUUCAGAACAGAGAAGAUGCUGUUGCGAUUGAAAAAAGAAAUGAACUUCAUUUAAAAGUGUGACUGAGCUUACAGUUGUGUUUUGUCUCUCUGUCUUAAUCAGUGUAUCUUAAAAGUACAGCUGACUCUGUGCCUGUUGAUCUAUAUAACAUAAAAGGCUGGGAACCACUGGUUUGAUGCAUAAACCCUAGUGUCUGUUAAAAUUUCAACCACGGUCGUGAAUGUUUUCCCCUUAGCAUACAGUUUAAGUCUCAAAUGAAAACUCUUUGUCACCUGCCCUACAUCUUGAGAUUUUUCAGUGUUUAUAAUUAAACUGUGACAAAUAUGAAGCUUUGCACUUGGGUUUUAAAAAAUCAAGUGUGUAAUGACAGAAUGGGAGAGAUUUUUUUUUUAACAGGAGAGAACUGGAAAAGACCUAGGAAUUUUUGUUGUUCAUAAGCUAAUUAUGAGCCAGCAGUUGGGAGUGGCUUCUAAGAUGCUGAAGAGGUCUUAGCCUGCAUUCAGUAGGGUAUGGCAUCUAAAAUGAAGUGGGUGGGUGAUUCUGCAAACCUAGAACGCUUGGAAGCUGGUAAGUCCAGAGGUCAUGUGAGCCUCAGCCACAGUUUGAACAGGACUCCAGCUCUGUUUCUCUGCAGUGCUUCUUGCUCUGCCCUUUUUUAUGCCUGGGAUUCAUCCUUGGAAUAUUUUACAUCAUGGGUCAUGAGAUGGCUGCUUGCUGAAACCCAUAGACAUCCCUCUUCCCAUUCUAGGGAAAGAGCCUGGUUUGCUGUAUUAUCAUAGGUUUGGCUGACUGUGUAUUUCUGAACCAGUCAUUGGAGCCAAGAGAAUGGGAUUAUGCUAAUAUGACCCAGGAUUCUCCUGUAACUGAAUUUGGACACAGUCCCUUCCAAAUCUCACGGGGCAUUCACAGUGGAGGACAGGUGGCCCCUUAAAGGCGUAUCUGGGUGCUAUUAGGAGAAGGAGACAGGACUGGAAGCUCUGCGGGCAACCAUAGGCCUUCUGCAAACCUCUUUAACCUCCAGUCAGAGCCCCUCUAGAGAGCUGGGCUUUAGUUCCUGCCUCACCUUCUGAAAAGGCACGAGCCAGCUGGACUGUCUACAAGAGGUUUCUGAGAGAACCAGGAAUGAUGGCCAACCGAGAACUGUUAUGGGAAUGAGACCGUGGAUUCUGCCGCAGGAUUCUGGGGCACACGUGCUCAUGGUCUUCGAGAACAUAAAACCUGGGCAGGAGAAGGCCAGCAUCACUUGUUCAUGUGUGUGUCUCCAGAGUCUGCUGGGGUCUCUGGCAUGGGAUAGGUACAACGUGCAUUUUUAUGGGUAGAAUAAUUCGGAAGGUAGUGAGGGUCUCUUUCCUAAAGGGUGUUCUAUCAGGUGUUGGCUGACGCUCCAUUGGGGAGUUUUAGGAACUGUAGCACAGAUGAGGCCAGACUAUGGGUUUUCUGAGAAUGAAAUGAGUGACUGGACAGGCUGGGCAUGGGCUCUCACAUCUGUAAGCCCAGGGCUUUGGGAGGCCAUGGCAGGAAGAUCGAUGGAGGCCAGGAUUUUGAGACCAGCCUGGGCAAUGUGGCAAGACCCUGUUUCUACAGCUAAACAAGCAAAAAACUCAAAUGACUGGACAGAAAAAGACUUCUGGGGCCACAUGACUUAAGAAGUUUGUGAAUGCAUAACAAGGCAGUGAGUAUGGUGGGAUGGCAUAACAGAAGUCUUGAUAAGUAUGAGAUAUGCAACUCUAGAAGAACAACAUCCUCUCACGUUUAUUUUCUUUGAUCUGAGAAUUAGAAACAAUAAUCAUUGCCCUGCCUACCUCUCAUGUGUGCUUAGAGCAAGCACAUUGUUAAAUGCCAACCUGCUUGGUAAACUAUAAAGUGUGCUUCCUAUAUGAUAGGUUAUUACAGUUGUUUUCUUUCUUAAAGACUCAUCUUGAAUAUAAUGAAAAAGACAAUGUACGCCCAGUGCCCAGCACUGUAUCCGGAACAUUAUACAUGCUCAGCGUAUGUCCUUCCUGCCAACCUUGCAGCUCAUUCUCCUCAGGGUUGGAUGGGCAUGAACUUGUCCUCAGUCCUGCAGCUAGACCUGCAAUGUUGCUUAAUAAUAUUGGUUAAAAUCAAAGUAGAAUUAUCUAUUAUUAUUUUUCACAUUCAUUUUUGCCUGAGACAGGAGGUGGAGGGAGGUGAAUUCAGAAACCUAGGAGUCUCAGUGCUUGAGGGACCCCAUAGAAGCUUCAGUUCAGCCCAUUUAGCUUCUUACUUUGUUAGAUGAGAUAAUCACACCUGCUCCAGGCGUGACUGGCCCAGUGGGAGUCAGGAAGGAAAUUAUUUCCCUCUGUUGAUACCAGUUUACAAUUGCCGACAGUAGCCAAGGGCUUUCAGGUUUAAUAUUUCCUCUUUGGGCCUCAGAAGUAUCAGUAUUAGUCUCCGCCGGAAGCAAAGCAUUGGUCACUUCCGUCAGAGGUGAAUGUCUUGGCUGUCUGUCUUUACUCAGUCAGGUGCUUUCUGGGCACGUGUGAGCGUUUGCUCAGCCAGCUUUUAUUGCUUUUACAUUAUUUGCUUCAAAACUUACAAGAGGAUUUGUCAGGUCUGAGCAGUGAUCUAUCCAGUCUCCCGAAACUCUAUGGUUCAUCAUGUAACCCAGGGAUGUGUUGUAGGAGCUAUGUGUCCUAUCCAUGAAAGUAAAAAGUAGUGAUAUCUCCUUCUCUCUUUUGCUUCCUUCCUCCUGAUUCCAUAUUCUUCUAUUUCUUGGCUUCUGACACUGUGGAUAUACCUCUACUUUACCUUAGCCAUGGCUUUAGGGGAUCCGAAUUCUCAGGUCUUCCUCAUUGGGUUGCUGUGUGGUAGACAGGUUCUGAAGUCUGAAUGGAUAGAAAGACCUUUGUAGAUUGCAGCCAAGUAUUUUACCCCUGGUUCAUAGAGUAUGUGUUUGCUGCCCUGAUGUCGGUGUUGUCUGGAUGUUCGUGAACCUCGUGAUCUUUAGGAAACUAUGUGAAUUAGGCUUAGUCCUUGACCUCAAGAAGCUUAUAUCAGGGAAAAAGAUAAAUACCUAAGAAAGAAAUACAUAUUAGAGACAUAUUCUUUAUGGUACACAUUUAUUAAUCAUCAGAUAGGUUUCAGGCCUUAGGCUCAGUGCUUGGAAAAUUGAGGUAAAUCAUAGUCUCAGAUCUGAUGGGGUAUUGAUGAAGGAUUGGGAGAGUGGAGAAACAUUGGGGAAGGUUUCCAGGACGAUUGAAUCUGAUCUCAGUGAGUCAUGGAGUUUUAUGACACAAGUGAGCCACGGAACUCAGUGAGCCAUGGAGCUUUAUGAUGCAAGCCCAGGUGGUUUGCAGGUUGGGCCUGUGGCCAUAGUUUGGACCACUGAAGUGGACAGGUUGUAAAGGCAGAUGUAGCUGAUACCAGAAUACAGCUGGACAGGCAAGAAGUCUCUCACCUCCCACAUCUAGUUCAGUCUCCAGCUCAUUUCCCACCAACAUGCUGCUGCAGAAGAUACUAGCAUUGCAGUUGGCUGAACCUUGUGUCCACUGUGCAUUCCAGGAGCCAGCUAUCUGAGAUUCCAACCAUGUCUCACCCAUCUUGGCUGCCACCCAAAAGCACUGGUGAGCCCCUCGGCCAUGUGCCUGCACGGAUGGAGACCACCCAUUCCUUUGGGAACCCCAGCAUUUCAGUGUCUACACAACAGCCACCCAAAAAGUUUGCACCAGUAGUUGCUCCAAAACCGAAGUACAACCCAUACAAGCAACCCGGAAGUGAGGGUGAUUUUCUUCCACCCCCACCUCCACCUCUAGAUGAUUCCAGUGCCCUUCCAUCUAUCUCUGGAAACUUUCCUCCUCCACCGCCUCUUGAUGAAGAGGCUUUCAAGGUACAGCAGGGAAAUCCCGGAGGCAAGACACUUGAGGAGAGGCGCUCUAGCCUGGAUGCUGAGAUUGACUCCUUGACCAGCAUCCUGGCUGACCUGGAGUGCAGCUCGCCCUACAAGCCUCGGCCUCCACAGGGCUCCACUAGUUCUACAGCCUCUCCUCCGGUUUCAACCCCAGUCACAGGACACAAGAGAAUGGUCAUCCCGAACCAACCCCCUCUAACAGCAACUAAAAAGUCUACAUUGAAACCACAGCCUGCACCCCAGGCUGGACCCAUCUCUGUGACUCCAAUUGGUACACUCAAACCCCAGCCUCAGCCAGUCCCAGCCUCCUACACCACGGCCUCCACUUCUUCAAGGCCUACCUUUAAUGUGCAGGUGAAGUCAGCCCAGCCCAGCCCUCAUUACAUGGCUGCCCCUUCAUCAGGACAAAUGUAUGGCUCAGGGCCCCAGGGCUAUAACACUCAGCCAGUUCCUGUCUCUGGGCAGUGUCCACCUCCUUCAACACGGGGAGGCAUGGAUUAUGCCUACAUUCCACCAUCAGGACUUCAACCUGAGCCUGGGUAUGGGUAUACCCCCAACCAGGGACGCUAUUAUGAAGGCUACUAUGCAGCAGGGCCAGGCUAUGGGGGCAGAAAUGACUCUGAUCCUGCCUAUGGUCAGCAAGGUCACACAAAUACUUGGAAACGGGAGCCAGGGUACACUCCUCCUGGAGCAGGAAACCAGAACCCUGCUGGGAUAUAUCCAGCCAGUGGUCCCAAGAAGACCUAUAUCACAGAUCCUGUUUCAGCCCCCUCUGCACCACCAUUGCAGCCAAAGGGUGGACAUACAGGGUCACUGGGGCCUUCAUCUGUUGCGUCUUCAUUCCGCCCAGAGGAUGAGCUUGAGCACCUAACCAAAAAGAUGCUGUAUGACAUGGAAAAUCCACCUGCUGAUGAAUACUUUGGCCGCUGUGCUCGCUGUGGAGAAAACGUCGUUGGAGAAGGUACAGGAUGCACUGCCAUGGACCAGGUCUUCCACGUGGAUUGUUUUACCUGCAUCAUCUGCAACAACAAGCUCCGAGGGCAGCCGUUCUAUGCUGUGGAGAAGAAAGCAUACUGCGAGCCCUGCUACAUUAAUACUCUGGAGCAGUGCAAUGUGUGUUCCAAGCCCAUCAUGGAGCGGAUCCUCCGAGCCACUGGGAAGGCCUAUCAUCCUCACUGUUUCACCUGCGUGAUGUGCCACCGCAGCUUGGAUGGGAUCCCAUUCACUGUGGAUGCUGGCGGGCUGAUUCACUGCAUUGAGGACUUCCACAGUGAGCUAAGCCUUGAAAUGGACCACCUGGGAUUGCGAACCCUCCCUGAACUGCUAUCCGAGGAACACUGUGGGGACGAUGAGAACCACCUCCCGCCUCUUCGCUUUGCUUUUUCUCAUCAUGGAAAUGAGGCCAAUUGGAAAUUUGCCCCGCGAUGUUCUGUGUGCAAGGAACCUAUCAUGCCAGCUCCCGGACAGGAGGAGACCGUCCGUAUUGUGGCUCUGGAUCGAGACUUCCAUGUUCACUGCUACCGAUGUGAGGAUUGUGGUGGUCUCCUGUCUGAGGGAGAUAACCAAGGCUGCUACCCCUUGGAUGGGCACAUCCUCUGCAAGACCUGCAACUCUGCCCGCAUCAGGGUGUUGACUGCCAAGGCGAGCACUGACCUUUAGAUUCAGUCACCUGUUCAGCUGGCACUGAGAACAAACACAAGAAAAAGAUAAGAAAUACGAAAAUAGAGGAAAGGCCAUCAAACUACAGAAUAGUUUCUCUUUUUCAUCUGCUAUUAACCUUUCCAUAGAAACACAUAAAUUGUGAGAUUUCUUUUUUAAAAGUUGUUACCAAAUACACAUUUCACUUUGAAUCAUGUAGGAUCUUGACGGGCCUUUGUUCCCAAGGACUUCCACAUUUUUGCACAGAUUAUGCUCCAUCCCAUUCACUUCUGCAUUCCUGUAACUUUUAAUCCCUGUGUUUGUCUCACUUUUCAUCUGGUUGAAUGGCUUUUUUUAGUGUGGUAUUUGCUGUCACAUAGUUUUUCCUGGGUGAGUCUGCCAACGCACAGGUGCUUUUAGCCUUGAAAUCUCCAUCCUAUCAUUUCCAUAUUGCCUGUGACUAUGAAGAGCAGCCAUUCUUUUCCCAUGUAUUGAAGAGUAUGUUUUCUGUUGCUUUAUACUACUCAUGUUUUUAGGGAGGAAAUUGCACAAUUUUUUUUGUUAGGUUGUAAAGAAUUUAAGCUGUAAAUUACAUAAGUUAGAACAAGCCUAAAUUUAAUUUGCAACCAUCAGAAUUCAGAAUCUACGGUGACCAGUGAUCAGGGUUCAUUUGAAAACACUUAUUGGCCCAUAGCUAAUAAGUGAUGACAGACAACUAAACUUCAAUAUUUUUCUACAGAAAUUGCAGUUGGGAUAUGCUGGAAAGGCAUUUUGGGGUUACGUUUUAAAAACCAUUAUUGUCCCACAGUUCUACCAUAAGAUUUUUCUUUUCCACACUACCUGGACAUUGUAAUACAAACUUGAUUUUGUCUAGAAUAUAACAUUUUCAAUACUGUCCCACUUUUCAUCUUAGAAAUGUUGUCAUGUUUAUUCUAAUAUCCAACACAACUAUCAAAAUUGACUUUAGAGGAUGAAAGCUGUGAAAAAACACAGUUCAAGUUCCCUUUCUUUUUUAGGCCAGGUCCAUUUUGCCUGACGAUUGCAAAUAAGAGCAUACAAAAUAAAAUUGUGCGGCUUUGUUUAGUUUACUUUCAAAAGAGUAGAAAGCUUGAAACGAUUGUGAAACCACAGUUUCAUUAUUCUCAUAAUCCUUCUGCAACUGAAAUUACAGAUUGCAGGAGACAUUUUCGUAUCAUCAGUGUGACAUUUACACCACACUUUCAAAGACAAUCACUGAAAAAAAAUUUGUCUUUAUGAGCUAAAAAUAUGCAGAAUCUCUGCCUAGAAUCUUUAUUCAAACUUUUAUUAGCCAGUGAAACACUUGCUUGCCAACUGCCAAGCCAUACUUAAUAAGUUAGAACAUGUUUCAUUUAAGGAGAGACACCUAGCUUAGUCAUGGCAAAUUGCCACUUUGUAAAUUAAGUAUUUUGGAUUGAAAUUUCUUAAACCUUUCUUUAAAUCUGCCACAAGUAUGUACUUUUAAAUUACGGAGUAUUUUAAGUCUACAAAAACGUAUAAAUAAUAAUAUAAUGAAUUCCUAUAUACCUAACACCUAGUUUAAGACACCAAAUAUAGCAAAUAUAAUUACAUCCUCCGAUGUACCCUUCCCUUAUUCCACAGGUAUCUUUUUCAUAAUUGUGAUGUUCAGAUUUCUAGUGAUUUUUUUUUAAUUUUUAAUUUUAACAUCAGAACUGAAAUAAAAAAUUAUGGAGACAUGUUUUGAAUUGCAAACUAUUCCUCAGGAAUUCCAAUUAAAUUUAUUUUACUUGAAUAGGAAUGAUCAUAAAAGGGAUUCUUUUUUUGUGACUAGAAAUUCUUAAGCCAGUGAUCACUACAGCUCAUCCUUAAUGUAUGGCUCAUUUGCUUUUGUCACUAAACAGUUUUGUGUUAGAACCACCAGAAUUAUAGCUUUUAAGAGCUUCCUUUGACCAUGGUCCUUUUCUUACCCUGCUUCUUUGAUCGUAUAUUUCUCACAAUGUGAAAUAUGAUGAGAUUCACUUAGGAGCAGCAUGUGAGUACUCAGAGGCAAUGUCAACGUGUCUCUGAAUUACUGUCUUCUAAAUUGAAGGCCAGACCAUGCUGAUAACCCCAAGGAGCACUGACUGUUUGACAAUAGGGCUGAUAAUGUAAUCAGGUUGAAUUGAUUUAGUAACUUUUUAUGUGAUACUUUAGGGGAAAUUCUCUUUAGGACAAAGCAAAGAGUCCAAUUUAUUGACGGAUAGAUUUUAUCUCUUAAGGUGGUCGUAUUAUUAUUAAUUUUGCCAAAAGAAGAAGAAUGUAUUGAAUAUUUAUACUAUAAAAUGCAAUAACAUUCUACUUGCUUAUUACAUUUAAAUGCUUGUGUAACUGAAUGUUUACAUGUCAAAAGAAAAAGCUGUAAGAAAAUGCCGUCACAGACCCAUCCCUGUGGCUUUGUCAGCAGAAUACUGCUUGCUUACAAUCUUUUUUAGGCAUUCUUAUCACAUAACCUCAGAGUAUCUUUACCAAAGGUUUUUUAAGUAAAUCUCUUUUUAAUAUAGACUUAUACUUUCAUAAUAAUGAAUGUGCACUCAUACAUAUGUAGAAAUAUUUAGUUUAGGGUUUUUUUUUUCUUUCACUAGGUAUAAUAAGGAAAGUAUCCUAUCAUAUUUUAUUCUAGGAUUUCUUAAAUGUAUGAUUUAUAUUACUUUCUUGUCUUUCCUAUUAAUCAUUUGAUUUAAACAAUGCCAAGUCACUCUUUAAUAUUUCAGUUGCAUGAAAUUUUGCCUGCAACAGGGAGAAAAAGAUUGUAUUACUUUAAUGAUUAUAAUCAUACUGUCUGCUGAUAUAAUGUCAAAAUUGUUGUGAUUUAAAUACAUAAAUAGUAGAAAAAAUCAGAGUCUAUAACAGAGAGUUUGUAAAAAAUAUACUGGUUUAGAAAAAUUUCAAGAAUAUAAAUAUUUGGUAAUUCUGUAUAAUAAGAGAAACAUGGAAAAGGAAAAAAAUCCACUAUAUCAUGGGUUCUGCAAAACAUAUCAAAAUAAGAUUUCUUAAAUUUCUCGAUCUUCAGACCAUACUGACUCAACAUGGAGUCUCAGUGGCAAAGAAAAUUGCCUUUAAAGCUUAAAGUAAGGCCAGGUGCAGUGGCUCACACCUGUAAUCCCAGCACUUUGGGAGGCCAAGACAGGAGGAUCGCCUGAGGCCAGGAGUUUGACGCCAGCCUGGGCAACAUAAUGAGACUCUGUCUCUACAAAAAAUAAAAUAAAAUAAAAAACAAAUUAGCGAGACAUGGUGGCAUGUGCUUAAAAUAAAUUGACUCAAAAGUAAGUCAUAUGUCCCAGCAUAAGGCAUCAGGUCGUUAGAUGCUGGCAUCUCUGCAGCUCAAAGAUGUGGGUUCUUUUUCUUGUCAUUAACACAUUGUUAUUUUUGUGGGAGCAACUUCUCUGAUCAAAAUUACUUUAUUGGGUAUGUGCUGGUUAAGGAGGUGGACUUACCAACACUGUAAUUGUUCUCUAUGAAAGAUCCUGCAGAGAUGUUUAUGGUGAGCUUUCAAGGAUUUAAAACAAUAACUACAUGUAAACAAGUAUUUUAUAUUUGGGUACAGAGGAAGAAAGAGAGGGCUUUUUCCAUGGGGCUAUAGUAGAAAGUUAAAGGAACAUAGACAGGACUCUGAAAACACAACUUCCAGCCGUGUCUGUAGUUAGUAAAGAUCCUAUUAAUGUGAACCAGCCGGGAAUAACAGUGUUAUUUCUAUUUGAUAUGGUUUGGGUUUCUCUUGUCAAAUCUGCGUCGGCUGCCCCCCGAUCCUUCCAUUAUCAAGUUUUGAAGGGUGUUGGGGAAAUUAUGGCAGCUGCUACGGAGAUCAGGGAAACACUGAUGUAACCUCAGAGCCUCUCACCAUUCUUUUUGGCUUGGAAAGGCUUUAUUUUUUCAUAUACAUUUCUAGAAAUAUUGCUAUUCUACCUUAGUAUUUCACAUUUGUAGUUUAAACAAGCGAUUGUCCAUCUGUUGCCUAGAGCUAUAGUACAUGUGUGUUAUGAAUGAAAUAUGACAGCAUGUUCCAUACCCCUGCUUUAGCCAUCUGUGGGAAACCAGCAAACUGAAAAAGAUACCUCUGCAAAAUGUGCCUGAAGUCCAUUUCUUGGGAUCGCUCAUUUGGUGCACUCUCAUGGGAGACAGAGAGCAACAUACAUUUGUGCCUUAUUUUCAAAGAAUCUAUGUACACUACUAUGAAUAUUCCACUGAAGUGUCAAUAAUGUAAAUGGCAACCACCAAAUCUCAAAAAUAUUACUCAUCAAAAAAAUUUUAAAAGCCAAAAAAAAGAGAGAAAGCCAACUUUUCAUCUUAAUAUAUUCUAAGUAGUAUUUAUUUUGUCCUUAUCUUGGAAGUAUCUCAUAGGUCUUUAAAUAAGGAAAACAUUCUUAUGCCAGAAGGUGAUAUAUUAGAUGUUAAUGCUUUUAUUUGAUUUUUCAGUAGUUCUACUCACAUAAUGAAUACAGAGCUUUCAGCUUGAACUUUUACCACCCAUUCAAGUUUUUUUUAAAUUGUCUUCAUUUUAUUUGUUUAAUAGUGGUCCAAACAAGUUGAAAACUGGUUCUCGGUGAACUGAGUCUCAGUUCUCAGUUCUUAACAUGGUGCAACCGUGAAUAUUUUAGGUCAAGUUAUUUAGUUGCCAGAUAACUAGAAUGAAACUUUUCUCAUGAGGCUGUUGUUUGGAUAGCAUAGCUUUAUUUUAAACCUCUAAAAAGUUACCUGACUGGACCUACUAUGACUUGGUGAGAAUUCUUCCUCUCUUCCUUUCUGCCUCCCUCCCUUUCUCCCUCUUCCUUCCUCCCCUUCUGAUUUUCUUUCCUACUUUCCUCUCUCCCUUUCCUUCCUUCUUUCCAUCCUACCACUUAGUUAGUGUUGCUAUACUUGGAUUUUUUAUAAAUUAAAUUAAUGCAUUAUGAUCCUAUGUAAGUAUGAUUAUAUUAAUAAGGGGAAGGCUACCAGAAAUUGUAUGUGGCAUCCAUAAAAAUCUUCCCUUGUAGGUCCAUAUUUUUAGGUUGUAUUUAUUAGUAAAGUGAAAUGAGAUAAUAGAGUCUUUCCAUUUCAUCUUAAGGAUUUUUCAUCAGGGACUUAGGUCAUAGAUUUUUGGCGAAUUCAUUUAUGGCUGGUCUGGUUUUCUCAGCUGUAUGCAAAGUAAUCUUUCAAAGACGAGGUUAAGAUUUUUUUUUAAUCUAAAGCCAUUUAACAACAAAAAAUUAUAUUUGUAAUGAUGGCAUUUUAUUUUAUUCCAUUGCAACUUGAUAAUUUUCCUUAUGGCAAAGGAAUAACUAUUGUAUUUUCAGAAUUUUAACACAGAUUAACACUUAGCCCAUGAGACUAAUAUUAUAUUGUAAUAGUUGAUACUAAAAUGUUUUCUAGCAGGUUGGGCAGCACCAGAGUUUUUCUUAGAUCACAGAUUACAGGCAUAAUCCAGAAUCCCUUCAAUCCAGAAAAAAGGACACUAAUUCCCUUUUCUAUUUUAUUUUCCUGGCCCUCGUGCAGAAAAUUGUGGGCUCUUUCUUACUUACAACAUGCAUUUCUCUUAUUUUUGGAGAACUGUGUAAAAGAUGCAUUUUUUUUUCUUUUAACUGAUUGACAGGUCCCCUGCAAAGUGACAAAAAAGUGCUGAACUUUUGCCAUUUACUUCUGGUUGUUAUUUAACUGAUAAAUAUCUCUACUUCUAGCCUUUGUUCAAAAGAAAAAUUCAUAUUCUAUAAACACCUAUGUAUGCUAGAGAGAGGGGAAAACACUGCAGCUAAUUCCUUUAUAAUACUUUCAGAUGAUGGCAUUAAGCCUUUCAUGUUACAUGGCAUUUUUAAUUUUCCUAGAUAUUCAUGCACUUAAGGGCCAGAGAAAUACUUAUUCAUUUAACUCUGGUGGGUAUUUACCUAAUGUACUCAAAUAAAUACCUUAUUAAACAGCCACAAUUAAGUCAACUUGGCACUGAAUGUAGCUUCUAAAUUCAGUUCUCAGCCCUACAAAUGGAAUGUCCUACCAAGAAUGAGAAGUGUCACCAUGUCAACUUGUGUUCUGUCCCAAUGUAGAGAGUUACAGUUGACCUCAAACACUAAUGCUAUUUCCAAAUAAAUUAGAAUCGUGGCCUUUUAAAGAUCUGAAUCUUCUCUGAUAAUUUCCUGAUGAAUUAUCAUCCCCUAUUUUCUUAUUCCUGGCCAGUAUGUGUUACUGCUCACAUCAGUCUGUUCUAGCUCUGUAGCUGCACAAAACAAGUGUUACAUCCAAAUCUUUGCCUUUUCAUGUCCAGUAUCACCAACUCAUUCAGCUUUUCUUCAUUUAUUGACAUAGUGUCAAGUCCCAUCACUGUCUGUUGCUUCUUUAAAAAGUGGACAAAAACAUAGUUUCUAAUUUUUAAUGUACUAAGUGAAACUUGGCAAUUCACCUUGGGUCAGGCCAAGUUGAAAGGCUUUCUUUAGGUUUGAAAGUAAAUGAAAUUGGAAUCACCCAAAGGGAAUUUCUCCAAAAAACCUCAGACCCAGAAGUGUAAAAGCUACAUAAGGACAGAACUCCCAUGUGUACAGACAGUUCUGUUACUUUUUGUUCUGUACUAUUUUGGAUGUUGCCAAAAUCAAAUUCAUUCUGAAAAUGGGAAGCAAGCUAAUGCAUAUGCCAUCCAUGAGAUCCCCACUUCUGGGUCAGUUCAUAAUCCACUCAACCCUUUCCUUUUAUCCAUGUCUUCUUCAGAAUAAGACAUUUUUGGUCCAUAUUUUCAUAUUAAAUAUGAACACUUUACAGGUUCUACAUAAGCAUGUGGAUACUUUACAGCUUCUACAUAAAUAUUUACUGGUUUUGAGAUUCACUUCACGCAUUCUGUACUCAAAUAUUUGUACCUGGAGAUGUUGCACGUUAGAUGAAGUGAGCAGAUUCUUUCACUAAUCAUUUAGGAGUCCAUAUUUUUCUCUUCUUUUUGUUGUUCCAACAUCCUUAAACCUUACUCAGCUCUUCAAUUUAGUAAUUACCAACUAAUCACUGUAAGAGAAUCAGCACCUAAGUAACUUUGACUCAGGCCAACUGUAAUAAGAUCAAACAGCUUUAAUCUGUACUUACUCAGUAGGAAGGAAUGUGGCAUCAGGAAGAGUAAUUCCAGUGACAUUACUAAGACUUUUAUGGAGGAAAUAAAAUUUUAUGAGAAAUCUUGAGCUGAUUCAUUGACUUGAUUUGGACGUUGAGAAAAGAGUAUUUAAGGCACAAUGGAGAAACACGGGCUAUACUCAGAGAAGACCCGCUGCAUUGGCCAAAAUAUCAUGGCUUCUGGAAAUUCCUUCUUACUAGGAAAAAAAAAAAAAAAAAGGCUUCCAGAGAAGCAGGCUCAGUGGGAAUAAAACGGCACAGAGGAAGCCUAAAUAAGUACUUAUUUGCUUUUUCAUCUUUUUAUAAGUGGAAGAGAAGAUGAUCUGCCAAAAUGUAAUCCAACAUGCACAGUAUGAAACAGCCCUCCAUGAACUUUAUUGUAACAGAAAAUGAGCAUUCUUAUUGAGCCGCAGCUACAUCUCCUAUUCUUGCAGCAAGUGUACAUGUCUUUUGACCCUCCACAAGAGAACAAGCAGGACAUCUCUAUUUUCCUAUUGAGUCUAAGUUCAUUAUUAGAAAGGACUUCCCAGCCAUCUGUUCCACUUGGUGUUAAAAUUCCCUUACAGAUUCAUUGCUAAGUGCUAAUUCCUACUCUACUUAAACAUCACCUGUGUCGAGGAGCUCAUUACCUCUAGAGAUCUUACAUUUCUUGCAUCACAUUUUGCUACAAGCUACCCCUGACUUUAAAACAGAUCCAGGCUUCAGGGCCUGUGUUCUCUUUGGUGUCACACAAAACUAACCAGUAGUACACAAUACAAUGUUGCUUCCUCCCUCCUUUUCCUUCCAUAUCUAUUUGUUUUGUUUUGAGCAAUGUAUUACUUUUUUGAAAAAGCUCUGAUUAUACAAAUUUUCAAGCAUCUCUAAAAUUAGUCUGAAUGAUGUUCUGAGAGCCAGACAUCAGAGUUUGUGAGUUUUUGUGGCUGGUUUAUAAGACAUAUCGUUCUGACAGUUAUUAGGUGGCUUCAUGCCUUCCCCAGUAACUAACCCAUGAACAGUACACCCCAUUUAUUUGAUUUGUUGAUAAUGACCUUAAAAAUGCUGGGAAAUGUUGGUGUAUAGUUCCCAGCUCUAACAAGGAAAAACUCAAAAGCAAAAGAUAGUGGUACUGUUGAAAGCUCAUUGUUUUCCAUUAGUUCAUCUGUGGGAAAGGAUAUCAUUCUUGAGGAAAGGGGUUACAUUAUGCCAUAGUUUUAUGUGGAAAUGUACAAACGCUUUCCUCAUUGCUCUGGAUGACUAUUUAGUUUCAAUAGUAUUCCUUUGUCUUUGGGAAGACCAUGCUUGUGGCUUCUUCUACCCCAGCUUUGAAUGAGAGAGGCCUGUAGGCAGAAACUCCCAUCAGUCUCCUGGGCAGGACCUGGAGGUAGCUUUCUGAGCUCUAAAAUAAUAAUUCCUAAGAGAGCUUAAAAACUGCUUCCACACAGAAAAUAGCCCAGGGAGGACAGUUAUUAAUAGUCCUAUUCGAGAAGAGAAAGCUGAGGCUCAAAUCAUUAAGUGACUUGCCAAAAGCUAUGACAUAGCUGGGAAGUGGCAGAUUUGGAGAUACGCCCAGGUCCUGCAAGUCCAGUGCUGUCUGCAGGUAGCCACACUCAGGGCCAAGAACAACUGAGAAGACAAUAGAGACUUCCCACAGACUACCAGCCCCCUAGUCAUCCAGGGAAAUUCAGAGACCAACUGGCAAAUCCACAUGCGUACUGCGGUCUUAGAGAUCAUUUAGAGCUUGCACACAUCUGUGUCAUCUAAUGGGAAACCGCUAGGUAUUCUGUCUGAUCAGCACCGUGAGGAAACUGGUGGGAAAAGACCACUGAUAAUGUAAUGUAAACCAACUCUCUCUCAGAGAGAGUUGCAGAGCUGACUUGAUUCCUAAAAGUUGCAGAGCUGACUCAGCAUGCAGAGCUGACUUGAUUCCUAAAAGAGGCCUCUCUCCCAUGGACCCUGAUGUAUGUUCCACAGAGGCAGAAACUGCUGUAGGUUAACAAUGCAUUUUAGUCUUUCUCUCCAUUCACAUUUAUUGAGGACUCACCAAGUGCAUGUUGCCGCCACAGGCAUUUCCAAUCCAACCAAUCCAUGACCGGAAAUGUCUGUGAACAAAUGUUAUGGAACUAUUGGCAUCUGAGAUUUGGCCUUUGCUGUUUCAUAGACUUUGCUUCCCAGGAUGCUGUCAUUUUGCGAUUUAUUAUAAUUACAAGGAAUUCGGUACCAUGUUUUCAGAAAACCUGCUAGAAAGUCUCCAUGUAUACUCUAGAAGUUGCUCUAUGCAGCAUUUCAGCAACCAAGUGUUCCUUCUCUUGAGCUUCAUCCCUCAGGAAGCUGUACCUUUAAGGUGUGCUUUUCACUUUUUAACUCCUCUCAUUUCACUCCUUUAGUUGUUUGCUAUGCCCUAAAAUGUGUGAAGUAAGAGAAAAAUUAUAAUUUCUUCAUUAAAUCUCCUGCAUUAAAUCUAAGAAUCCUUUAAUCAUACCUGGUAAGUGUGUUAUGCAUUUCCCUCCCUGGAGUUUAUCAUCCAUCAAGACAGUAUCAUCAUCUACCUGCUUAUUCCCUGGGACUAAUGAGAGCCAAGUUCAAUAAUAGCAAAUGGCUUCUCAACCCUUCCUAGGCCUCAUACCUGAGGAAUAAAGGAUACAUUAAUGGGACCGGGAGAAUGGUGGCCUUGGUUGAGAUGGCACAUUCAAAGACUAGAAAGGUGCCUCACCUCCCUGUAGGCUUCCUGAAUAUUAUGGCCAAUGGAGUGGAAAAUGAUUCUUGUCAAAUAGAUGGAGUAUUCCCACCCCUGAAAUGGACUAAUAGAAGACAUAAUUUGAGCACAUCUCAGAAUUACCUAGUAUGCCUGAGUAGAGACUCGCUUGGGUGGAAUCUGUGUUGUCUGAUUAGAGGGAAUGAAAAGACAAUGAGGUGGUAAAUGUGAAAAAGCAGCCUUUUAGAAAAACAUUCUUUGCAAAUACCUUUAUAAAUCAUCUAAUUUAUCUUUGCAUAAAGAAAAAACUAAUAAAAAAUUUCAUAUUUCACUCUACAUAAUAUAUUCUCUUAUAUUUAGGGAUAAUACAAUUAUAUUAUCUUCAGAACACACACACACACACACACACACACACACCUUCCAAGAAAGCUGAUCCUUCAAAAAAUAAAUCUUAUUUUUAAACACUUGGGUUUUCAGGCCAGGACAUUAAUAAAUCCUAUACCUGACCCAUUUUCAUAGCAGCUGAAAAGGGGAAGAAAAAGCUACUUAAAAUUUGUGAGGAUCCACUUAUCUUUUAAAAUAUGCCAAAGCAAUUUGAGGUGGGGUGGAAACAGGUCUUUAUCUCUCAUGCAUGAUUCCCUCUUUAUAUUUCUGUCUGUUGGGAAAAGGGUAAAGAAUUAUUCUUGGUCAUUAUUAUUGAUGUAUUGUAUCUUCACUUUGUAUGCUGUCUGCUGUGCUUCAUCCCGAGGCGUAACAGUAAUCAUUGCUUUCUUGACUAUUUCCUUCAUGGCAAGAGAGUAAAUAUGGAGUCUGAAUGUCGUUCCUCACACGCAAAUUAUUUAACUCUGCUUCCGAACUAGUUUAAGAAAUGCAAAAUGGGAAGAGCUAGCUUUUCUUAGAUACAUUUCUACUUUUUUUAUUCUUUCUUGGGAGAUGUUAAGUAUAAAGGAAAAAAGUCAGUUCCUUCUUUUCUCUCUUUCUCUUAGGGUGACAGCAAUGCUCACUUAGCAGUUAUAAACCAGAAAUUGGAGAGUAGCUUGGGCAGGUUAUGAUACAUCUGCCCAAUGUGUUUCAUUCUUUCAAACAUAAACUUUGAGAGGGAAAGAGAUUUUCAGAAUUUAAAUGCCAACCAUAGGUAUGGCAUCAUAUUUUGACUUUCAAAUAAUAAAAGGGGAGUUGGUAUUUGGGCAGUGUUUGCAUUUUACUAAUCCUAUAUACUUUCAGCUUAAUUUUUAGAAGUAUGUCAAAUACAUCAACAUAUCAGGAUUAUAGUGCCCAAAAUAGUUAAAGUGUCUUGGACCUCCCUCUCUAGGUAGCAAAUUGAAACUAGCAUAGGACCAUGCCAUCCUUCUAGCAUAAUGGAGAAGUCUGGACUGAGAAGUAUCUUUGACGAAAAACAUUUAGGACCCUGGAAACGAAAUCCUGUCAACAACACUUUAUAGUAAAGUAGCAGCAAAAUUAUUCUUAAGAUACUUUCUUCCUUUUACUACCCAUUUCCUCUUUUGGGAAAGCUGAUGAGCAAAUUAUCCAAUACUCAUUUUUCUCUUAAGCAAAGUCAGAAUAUUUCCCCUCUGAAAAUCUGAAUUAUGCCCUCAUUCUUUUUCAAGAAACAUCUCAAAGAGCAAAUAGAAUUAAAGAUAACACUUGAUUGUCUCGUUAUUUGGCAUGCAUAAAAUUAUCAUGUGGUUUAAUGUGCCUUAAGUGAAAAUUUAAACUUACAUGCGAAACCUUUACAGUUGGAUGUAGCAUUGAGCUUUUGCAUGUGUUCUAUAUAGUAAACCAGUUUCGUUUUGUUUUGUCUUUUAACCUACACCUUUAUCAUUACUCUAACAGAUUUGGGGCUUCUCUUUCUCUACAGCUAAGUAAGGGAAUAUGUGCAAUUAUGAGACAUACAAAAAAGGAAAGGGAAAGGACUUUCUAAGUAGCAAAUCUGUGCCGUGAAGUAGAUGUGACGUGAAGACACAGAGCCUGAGAAGAGUAAUUUUCCCCGAGCCACGCACACAGGCUUUUAUUUCAUGCCUUUUCUCCUUCCGUGCCGUCACCUUUGAGAAAAACGACUGCACCUUCUCCAAGUCUGCCUUUUUAACAGCUACAGUUGAGUUGGCAAGACUUCCCCAGUUCUGAAUAUAGCCAUUUGCCGACUCCGGCCUCUUUGCGAGACUGACUCAAAUCUGUGAUCUUCUGUUCAGCAUACACAUCAGCAGAGUGAGAAGAUGAGCACUAAAUAUAGGCUCUAUUAACUUUACUUUUAGAUUUAGUGCCUUCAAAAAGUGCCUAUUCUGAGCAACAUAAACGUUAUUCCUUACAUAUGUAUGUACACACGGUACCCAGAGUCGUACUGUGCAGCCUUCAAAAACAUACCAUCAGAAAGAGUAGGUGCUGAGAUAAGGAAACUUUGCCAAAUGGAAGAAAGUCACUCACUUCCAAUAUCCCCUCUGGAGCGGCUACCGUGAAACGGGCUGCAAACACAUUCCCUGAGCAUCCCUUGCUGAUACAGCUUCUUUAUAUUUAUAUCCUACUGGAUGGUAGCAUAUUGCUGAGGUUUCCUGUACUCUGCUUCAAGGGAAUGUAAGCUUUAUGGCAUUGAAACAUUUAGUCAGGAAAAAAGAAUGUUUAAGAGAAUUAACAGAGCCAUAGUCUGUAUUAGGAUGUGUGUAUAUGUGUGUUUUAUAAACUAAGCAUUGGUGGGUUUAGAGCGUUAGAGUGUUGGCAUGUUUCUUCUCCUUUUGUCUCUCAGGCUACCAUGAGAGAAAAUUAAAGAAAAUUCUUGGCGGUGGGGAUUGGAAGCUCGGGGGGCCAAAUGUCCUCGCCAGAUCCUUAGAGCACUACUUCGACUCCUAAAAAUAGUAGUGUGUGUUAUUUGAUGGCUCUUGUUUCCAUAGUUUGGUCACUGACAGCACUGUCACUACUGUUGACGGAGCAGCAGCAUAGCCUAAAGUGAUGCAUUCUUACCUAAGGGUGGCAGGAGGAGAGGGUCCAUGUAAAUAAGACGAGGUAGACAGGGCAUGAUUGUAGGAGAAGGGUUGAAGGGAGGACAUGAUUCCAAAAAAGAUCGUUCUCAAUGUGUCGUCUGACUCAACCAGCUGGCAGAUUACACUUGCCAAGUCGUUCCCUUUCCUUCUAAGUCAGUUGGCUCCAUAUUCACUUGAAUAUGCCUCUGUUUGGGGAAAGCAAGAUACCUCCACUUAACCUUUAUCCAAGGAAGCUUUUGGUGUCCUCUUGGUCGUAAAGUUGUCUCCUACCUUACCCAGUUUUACCAAAUGGAAGUAAAAGGGGACAAACUAUGGAAGAUGAACUCCACGCCAUUGCAGUCAACCACCAUUCUGUUUUCCAUAUAAGGAGCUCCUUUACAUAAGCUAUGGGUGAGGUUGGAACAGCCAUGUUUCAUAAUUUCAAGAGUGUGACCACCCUGCUUCAGUCAUCAUCAUUGUAUAAAUCCAGUUGACUCUUUGGCAAAAGAGUGAUACUUUUCACUAAAAAUGUCUGCUCUUCCUGUUGAUGUUCCUUUUCUGUUUUUACCUUAUCCAAUUUCAACACUAGUCAUUUUUAAAUUUUUUUAGAGAAUCAGAUUUUAGUGCAAGUAAAGAGUUCAAAAAUUUCAGCGUGGUGUCAUAAGGAUAUUGGGAUACAGAGAUUUUUUUUUUUUUCCUUAGAAACAAAUGGACUGGGAAAGACACAGCAUGGCUUUGCUCUGAGUUUCCAUCUGAUGAUUAUGACCAUGAAAGAUAAUCUUAUGUGAAGGUUAAAUGGUGUUUACAAGUGAAUAGAUAAGGGGGAGAGUGUGAGAAGCUGGGUUUUCUCUAUGCUGAAUGUGUCUACUAAGAGGAGCACUUCCUACUAGCUAAGCACAAUCAUAGCCCCACCAUGAUCAGCUGCUAGUCUGAAUAAUAUUCCCUGACUUAGGGAAAGGCACACGAAAACAUAUAGGGAAUAUGUCUAUUUUCAUAUGUGUGAUACUGACAGAGCCAUGAUAUUCCUAAAAUAUAGGUUUCUCUUUUUUCUUAUAUUCUUAGCAAAUUGCAUUUAUUCACUACAUUACAAACCAUCACUGAUGUAUCCAAAAUAGCACACAUAGUUCAUUAUGAAAAUAAGAGACUAAAAUCUGUUAUAAGCAAGUGAUUUAUGUAUUUUCUUUUGUGUUUGUGCAUUAUCCAACUAUAUUAGGACCUGUUUUCUAUUUACCUUCUAUCAGUUUUCUCUAUCAAUUAUGUUUUUUCAAUGCUCUAUAAAAAUAAAUAUGGAAAUUAUAUUUCUUUUUUCUGUAAAGGAAUUGCAACUACUUUAUUAUAUUUAGAAAUCCAAUAAACUUCUUAUUACAUUUA